AUGUUGAUCUCCCCGUGUUUAAACGCAGCAGUCAAACCACAUGCUCGGGAAGUGGAAGACAGAGGGAAUUCCUUCUGGUACCGUGGAGGAGCCGAGACUGGCUGCGGUGCUCGCUGGUUGAAUGCUUCACAGGACAGUUACUUAGGUUUCAUGCUAUAUUGGAAUAAGAAUCAGGAAAGUCCUGAAGGUAAUGGCCUUAGUUCCCACUCUGCACAGGAAUCAAGCUCGCAGCAUAGGAGACUCCAUCUCUCUGCUGUGAAACUGGCAGAGUUGCACAGUGAUCUCAAAAUACAAGAAAAGGAUGAGCUAAGCUGGAAAAAACUGAAGGCUGAAGGGCUGGAUGAAGAUGGAGAGAAGGAAGCCAAACUCCGACGCAACUUAAAUGUCAUUAUGACAAAAUAUGGAAUGAAUGGAAAAAAGGACUCUCAACUAGUUGAUACCAACUAUAUUAAAGAUGGUACAGAAAGUGACACACUGGAUGAUCCAAGACUGGAAAAGUUAUGGAGCAAGGCCAAGACCUCUGGGAAGUUCUCUGAUGAGGAGCUGGAUAAGCUUUGGCGAGAAUUUAAGCAUCACAGAGAAAAGAUUAAUGAAUAUAAUAUUCUGCUGGAGACCGUGAGCAGAACAGAAGAUAUCCACAAAAAUGUUAUCAAUCCAUCUGAAGAGAACCUGGUGAAAGAAGAAAUCUUGCACAACAAACACAGAGAACUAAAAGAGAAACUCAGAAGCAUCAAUCAGGGGUUUGAGCGCCUGCGGAAAGUCAGUCACCAGGGAUAUGACACAACCAGUGAAUUCGAAGAACCAAGAGUGAUUGAUUUGUGGGACAUGGCCAAAUCAGCCAAUUUCACUGAGAAAGAACUCGAAUCUUUUCGGGAGGAGCUGAAACAUUUUGAAGCAAAAAUUGAAAAACACCAUCAUUAUCAGAAACAAUUAGAGAUUUCACACCAGAAACUCAAGCACAUAGAGGGAACUGGAGAUAAGGAUCAUCUGAACAGAAGCAAAGAAAAAUAUGCCAUGCUGGAAGAAAAGACAAAAGAACUAGGAUAUAAGGUAAAGAAGCACUUGCAGGAUUUAUCCAGCAGAAUCUCUCAAGGUCUUCAACACAAUGAGUUAUAAAAAUUCAUUUUACUUCAUGGGACCAAUCUGUUAACACAAACCAGAUAAUGUGUUUCUCUGAACAGGGCUUACCACAGAGUCCUGAAAUAGUAAGGAUUGAACAGAUAUGUCUUGUAUGAAAUUUUUUUAAUCUACUUAAUUGCCAGUUUUGUAUUUGCACUAUAAAUUUCAAUGAUUAGAUUAUAUGUUUAAGUUGCACAUCUUGGAUCGUAUAAAUCUUCAUUUGGAAUCAAGUAGCAGCCUUGGAAAU